AUGUCUACCCUUAAUUAUAAAAUUGUCUUGGUAGGUGAUGUUGCUACUGGUAAAACUGCAUUAAUUCAAAGACUUAUUACAAAUGGAUUUACUGAAGGACAUGCACAAACCAUUGUUGCAUCAUGUCAAUCGAAAACAAUAGUAUUAAAAGAUAAUAAAUCAGUAAAUAUUAAUGUUUGGGAUACUGCUGGACAAGAAAGAUUUAGAUCAUUGAUAUCUAAUUUCUAUAGAGGGUCAUCAGGAAUUAUUGUAUGUUACGAUGUAUCUGAGAAUUCAUCACUUGAUGUUGUUCCAACAUGGGUUGAAGCUGCACAAAAUUCAGUAGAUGACAAUGUGUGUUGGUUAUUAGUUGGAUGUAAGUCUGAUUUAGUUAAUUCAGUUGAUGAAGAAAAAUUAAAAGAAAUUAUUGAAAAAUAUCAUUUUACUCAUUUAACAUGUUCAUCUAAAACAGGAGAUAAUGUUAAUGAAGUUUUUACAACGUUAUGUCAAUUAAUUGUUGAUAAAUUAAAUUCUAAUAAUGAAAUUACAACUCCAAAUAAACAAGAAACUGAACAACAAGAUGAUGAAAUAAUUAAAAUAGUAGCUCAACCACAACAAAAAGAAGCAAAUGGAGAAAAGAAAGAAGGAGAUUGCAAGUGUUAA